GUAGGACGAGUUUAAAAUGGACAAUAUGAUGCAAACUACUGAAAUGGGGCGGCACAAAAAUUCAAUCCCAUCAAUUUAUUCCAUCAAGACUCUAUUUUUUCCUUGGCCCAUAUAAAUACCCCUCAAACCCAAAACCACACUCAUCAACCAAAAAAAUUGCCAAACUCUCUCAAGUCUUAGCUCCAAACAAUCUCAAGCCCUCACUCAUUCUUUUAGUCUCAACAAGAGAAUUUGCAAGAACAACAAAAGUUGCAAAUGGCUAAGGAUAUCGAGGUUGGAGGCAAUGGGUACGCUGCCCGGGACUACCAAGACCCUCCUCCGGCCCCACUAAUCGACCCAGAAGAGCUCGGCAAGUGGUCCCUUUACCGGGCUGUGAUUGCCGAGUUCAUUGCAACCCUUUUGUUCUUGUACAUUACUGUGCUAACGGUGAUCGGGUACAAAAGCCAGAGUGUAGCCGACGAGUGUGGCGGGGUCGGUAUUCUCGGCAUUGCUUGGGCCUUUGGCGGCAUGAUCUUCGUCCUCGUUUAUUGCACUGCCGGCAUUUCCGGUGGACACAUCAACCCGGCGGUGACAUUCGGGUUGUUCUUGGCUCGGAAGGUGUCGCUCGUCCGGGCCAUAUUGUACAUUGUGGCGCAGUGUUUGGGGGCCAUUUGCGGGUGCCGGCUCGUGAAGGCCUUCCAAAAGUCGUACUAUACUAAAUACGGCGGUGGAGCCAAUUCACUGGCGGCUGGCUACAGCACCGGCACCGGCCUGGCGGCAGAGAUCAUCGGCACCUUCGUCCUCGUCUACACCGUCUUCUCCGCCACCGACCCAAAACGAAACGCCAGGGACUCCCACGUUCCGGUUCUGGCGCCACUGCCGAUUGGAUUUGCCGUGUUUAUGGUCCACCUGGCCACGAUUCCGAUCACCGGCACUGGCAUCAACCCGGCACGGAGCUUUGGGGCUGCCGUGAUAUUUGGGAAGGACGAGGCAUGGGACGAUCAGUGGAUAUUCUGGGUGGGCCCACUGGUUGGAGCAGCCAUAGCCGCGAUCUACCACCAGUACGUACUCAGGGCAGGCGCGGUGAAGGCUUUGGGUUCGUUCAGAAGCUCUUCUUACUGAUAGAAAUUGCAGACUUUUGAGCGUGAAAAAAUGGUGUAUGAUCGUUUUUGUUCAAGUGGCACUUGUUUUUAAGCGUGCCCAAAUGUGUGGUGUUUGUUGUUCCUUGUUGGCUUCUCUGUUUUCCUCUGUACUUGGCUCUAAGCAUCCAAAUAAAAAUAAAAAUCUAUAAAUCGCAAUUUCAGUCUUGUCUACGAUUUUGGUUAGUAGAUUUUCAAGGUUUUAAAUGGUGUAUUCCUGUGAAUUUUUUAAUGACAUUGUAUGAUUUUUUAAAUUUAAAAAAUUCUUAUGAUAUGUUGAUUUUAGUUAGAUACUUUAGAAAUCUUACGUCCAAAGGUGAGAUUUGGUGUAGG